CAAACCCCUUCACCUUUCUCGCUCAAAACUCGUCCGGACGACUCUCCACCAAUUCAGCACUUCUUCCUUCUCUCUUCCCUUCUCUUCUCUGCAACUUCCAGGACGUGUCCAUACUAUGUAUUCCGCUGCUUCUCUCAAGAGAUAUGCACCUUCCAUCUGCCGACUCCCAGGAAUCUAUCGGCUGAACUUUCGAUCAUUUGUCAAUCAAGCAGGAGGAGGCUUGUGUUCUUCGUCUUCUUCUUCUUCUCAAUCAAGCUUGUUUGAUGCGCCCAACAUUGACGGAGAAAAGUGGGAACACUCUGGUUUUGGUUCCUCCCCGAAAUUCCUUUCAGGGAUUGCCGUCGGUUUGGGAUUUGGGUUCUUGUGUUGGCAUUCUUCUCUUUCUACGAUUUAUGCUGAUUGGUCGACUGCAACAGCGAAGGAGGAUUCGCAACUGCAUUCGACCAUUCAAGAUGCGGUUGAAAGAAAUAAAUCUCCGUACCUCUUCGGAGAUGCAUUUAGGAGGAAGGUUUUCUUUAACUAUGAAAAGCGCAUUAGGAUGCGAAGUCCUCCUGAAAAGGUUUUUGAGUAUUUUGCAUCUUUUCGGACUCCAGGAGGGGAGCUGUUUAUGACACCGGCAGACUUGAUGCGAGCACUUGUUCCUGUAUUUCCUCCAUCUGAAUCAAAUCUUGUUAGAGAAGGGUAUUUGAGAGGGGAGAGAAGACCUAGCGAGUUGCGAUGUGAUCCUUCGAACUUUUUUAUGCUUUUUGAUACUAAUAAUGACGGACUUAUAUCUUUUGCAGAGUAUAUCUUUUUUGUAACACUCCUCAGCAUCCCAGAAUCUAGCUUCUCUGCGGCAUUCAAAAUGUUUGACCUUGAUCAUAGUGGAGAGAUAGACAGGGAAGAAUUUAAGAAAGUGAUGGCUUUGAUGCGGACCCAUAGCAGACAAGGUACUCAACAUAGGGAUGGACGGCGAACUGGGCUUAAAGUUAGGACUUCUGUAGAAAAUGGGGGUUUGCUGGAAUACUUCUUUGGCAAGGAUGGGAAAGCAUCCCUGCAACAUAAAAAAUUUGUCGAAUUUUUGAGAAAUUUACAUGAUGAGAUCUUGCGGUUGGAGUUUGCUCAUUAUGAUUACAAGUUACGUGGAACGAUAUCAGCUAAGGACUUUGCUUUGUCCAUGGUUGCUUCAGCUGACAUGAGUCACAUAAAAAUGUUCCUUGAUCGGGUUGAAGAACUGAACAAUGAACCACGUCUUAGAGACAUCUUAAUUACAUGGGAUGAAUUCAAGGACUUCGCAGAGCUCCGAAAAAAAUUGCUGCCACUGUCUCAGGCAAUUUCUGGUUAUGGAAAAAAUGGUUUGUUGACAAGGAAGCAUUUCCGACGAGCUGCGUCCCAUGUAUGCGGCGUUGAUCUCACUGAAAAUGUGGUUGGCAUAAUUUUCCACAUGUUUGAUACAAACCGUGAUGGGAGAUUAAGCACAGAAGAGUUUGUAAGAGUUCUAGAAAGAAGGGAGAAAGAGAUUGCCCAGCCUAUGGAGACAGGUUUCAUGGGAUUGAUUACUUGCUGGUUGAGCUGUGCAAAGAUUUGACUCUCAAACCUUUUGCCGAGAGUUUUAGCAUUUGGCUUUAACAUUUUAGAGAUGUUUACAAGGAUUAGUCCAUUCUUUGAGCAACAUGUUCUUGUGAGCAAGUAUAUGUGGUCGCAAUGUUGCUUCCUAAUCAGCUUGCCUAUGUGCAAUUUGAACUGUACAGUUGUUGAUAUUGUAUAUUUGUAUAUAUUUUUCUUCCCAAUUUCUCGGUGUAUUCCCUAUUUCUGCUGCUAUGUAAAAUAAGGGGGAAAAGAAAAAAGAAAAUAAAGGAAACUUGCUUCUUAGUUUCAACUUUCAACCCA